GUCCACGAGCCGAAGCAAAAUGCAGAGAUGUGCGACUUCUGGACAAAACCCAGAUGUUCUUAUUAUUUUUUUAUUCUUUCUCACAGAUUUGUGCAAAUGUAAAAUGUUGUUGGAUGAAUAAUAACUGACUGUACUGAGCUCGGUUCUGUCCAUUUUUGUGCCUUCUGCGGGUUCACAGCCUUUGAGCCGCACUGACCUGGAAGACAAACAUGUUGUGAAGUUUGAACUUUGAGCCAAGCGGAACAAAGACGCGCAGCUUCCUGCAGCCAGCGAACCGAACCGACCGCUCUGAGCUGCUCAGCAGAAUCAGCACCAACAACAACCGGACCGCGUGAAGCAGCCGAGGAGUCCGGGGGCGCUUUGGACCGCUUGUGUUUCAGAUCCAGUGGGGAUUAAGUUCGAUCGUGGACCCGAGUCACGUGACCGCUGCUCUCAUCUUGUGACCCAUCUGCGCCUCAAACCCGAGCCGCGGCUUCGCCUACAGCUGAUCUCUGCCGCGUGGAACCGGACAUGGAGAUCUCGUUCGCCGGAAAACGAGCUCUGGUCACGGGAGCGGGGAAAGGGAUUGGCAGGGCCACGGCUUUGGCUCUGGCGCGCUGUGGAGCAAAGGUGGUGGCGGUCACACGCACACAGGCCGACCUGGACAGUCUUAUGGAGGAGUGUUCGUCCAUCACUCCCGUGUGUGUGGAUCUAGCCGACUGGGACGCCACGGAGGCCGCGCUGCAGGACAUCGGCCCCAUCGAUCUGCUGGUGAACAACGCCGCCCGCAUCAGUCUGCAGCCAUUUCUGGAGGUUACGCCUGACCAGUUUGACCAGUUAUUCAGUGUGAAUGUGAAGGCUGCACUGCACGUGUCUCAGAUUGUGGCUCGUGGCAUGAAGGCCAGAGGAGCAGGAGGCUCCAUCGUCCACGUGUCCAGCCAGUCUGCACAGUGUGCCCUCAAAGACCACGCUGUUUACUGUGCCACCAAAGGAGCGCUGGACAUGCUGAUGAAAGUCAUGGCUUUGGAGCUCGGACCCCACAAGAUCCGCGUGAACAGCGUGAACCCCACAGUGGUGAUGACUGACAUGGGUCGUUUGGCCUGGAGCGACCCCAAAAAAGCAGAGCCCCUGAUGUCACGUAUCCCCCUUGGCCACUUCGCAGAGGUGGAGGACGUGGUCAACAGUAUUUUAUUCCUGCUGAGUGAUAAGAGCAGCAUGACUAAUGGAGUCACUUUGCCAGUGGACGGAGGAUUUCUGGCCUGUUGAAGAACAUCCACCUUCAUCACAGCCACGUUUUUUCACCAAAUAAACUUACUGCACACGC